GCAAGGGAUAAGAUAAGUAACGAUGAAAUACCGGAGACGAGAAGUCAAGGUGGGAGUGAGAGCGAAACGCGAAGGGAGGCGUAAGAGGAAUCAUGUUUAAUGGCGCGUUUCCCCGCGAUAUCACGGUCUCUCGUUUUCGUGCAACGUCGUCGCCGUAGGGCGAUCCCAGCCGUGAAGAACACGGGCCCGUGCAUGACGAGAUGUAAGGAGAACAGUGAUUUAUGCCACGACAAAGAAGUACGAUAAUCGCCGGUGCCGGGGGCGAUUCGGACUGAUCGGCAAUCGCUUAUCGAUGCUCGUUACUCGGUACGGAGCGCAGGUGGAGCAACUUUCAUUCACGUUGCAUUAUCCAAAGCUCGAGUCGUUAUCGACUUUACGAGAAUUGUUCUUCGGUUGUUCAUUUAAUCGCUGUUACACGCAGCUUCGACGAUUGCGCCGUUUAAAAAUUACAUUAAAAAUUAUCAUUGCAGAUAUAAAUUACAAGCACACAUCUGAAAUCUUGACCGAUUGUUUCAAUAAUAUAGGCAGGAAUAAUAAUACGAGAACAAACAAAAUACAGUGCGAUGGAAAUAGAAACAAUAAUUUUAUUAUUCAUGAUAUGAAAUAUAUAAUACGUGGAAAACAUGAAUCACCACGAAAAUCUUUGGACUUUUUCAAAUGCAAAAUAAAUAUAAGAACACUAUCAAUACGACGUUUCAAUGAUAUAAGAAACCUUUGUUAUAAAAGACAUAAAAUUCAAAUAUAUAAAAAGUUAGAAAAUAAUAAGAAGAAAUAUGGAAAUAAUUAAGAAAACAUUUUCGGAAGGGAAACAAAAUACUCAGAACAUGGCUGAAUUAAAUGUUUGUUAUCUAUGUCAACAAGACAAUGCAGAUGGUUAUUUCAGAAAUCAUUAAAUUCAAUCAAAGUAUCCAAUGUUACGGAUCAUAAUAAAAAUGUAAUAUAUUAUAUUUAAAGAAAUGCAAAUUUAUUGUAGAUUGUGUAUCGAAUAUUCAGUAAUAAAUAUAUAAAAUAAAUAUACAGAAAAA